GAGACACAUUCUGUGGCUGAAGUCAUUCAUUUUUCAGAAAAGAGAAAGCCUGGAAAAAUGCAUAAUCUCUCCUCUUUCCCUGUAGCAACGUUAAGAAGAUACCUUGUCCCAUUUUUAUUACUUCUGAGAUUUUAUUGCUGGCAGCCAGAUGUGCAGAAAUUCCUGACGACAGCAUAUAUUCAUUGCGUGUUUUUAAUAGGCUUAGAGAAAUAUGAGUAGAGCCCAUGAGCGCAGCUCAGCCUCACACUUCAGCCGGGGAUGCCCAAAAAGCUUGCUGCUGUUUAGAAUUCUUGCUACAGUCAGGAGAACGCCGAAAGCUGCACGAGCUCGGAACCUUACGGCUGACUUGGAAGAAUAAUGACUGUACAAUUAGCUACCAACCUCUGCUCAUUUAAGCACAGCUUUCACAGAGCUCAGGAGAAAUAUGGAACUUGAUUGGCAUGUUUUUGUUUGAUGGUGUCUGCGAAUAGAUGACUUUUAAAGACAGGUGGUAAGGAAAAUAAGGAGGAUAAAAAGAAAGAAAAUGCAAUUUGAGACAUUGCGCCAGGUCUGCAAUUCUGUUUUAUCUCAUUUCCAUGGGGUUUUUUCAUCCCCACCAAAUAUUUUACAGAAUGAGCUUUUUGGACAAACGCUGAACGAUGCAAGGAAAAGAAGUCCAUCAGUGUCCAGGGAUCAAAAUCGAAGAUACGACCAGAGUGAAGAGAGAGAGGAAUAUUCACAGUAUGCCCCUUCAGACAGCACAAUGCCUAGAUCGCCAUCAGAUUAUGCUGAUAGACAAUCUCAACGUGAACCUCAGUUUUAUGAAGAACCUGAUCAUUUAAAUUAUAGGGAUUCUACCAGGAGAGGCCAUAGACAUUCCAAAGAGUAUCUUGUAGAUGACGAGGAUGUGGAGAGCCGAGACGAGUAUGAAAGACAGAGGAGGGAGGAAGAGUACCAGGCACGCUACAGAAGCGAUCCGAAUCUGGCCCGGUAUCCCGUAAAGCCACAGCCCUAUGAAGAACAAAUGCGGAUCCACGCUGAAGUGUCCCGAGCACGACAUGAGAGAAGGCACAGUGAUGUGUCUUUGGCAAAUGCUGAACUAGAAGAUUCCAGGAUUUCUCUGCUAAGGAUGGAUCGACCAUCAAGGCAAAGAUCUGUAUCUGAACGUAGAGCUGCGAUGGAAAAUCAACGAUCCUAUUCAAUGGAAAGAACUCGAGAGGUUCAGGGACACAGUUCUUAUCCACAAAGGACCACAAAUCAUAGCCCCCCCACUCCCCGGCGGAGCCCUAUACCGGUCGAUAGACUGGACAUGCGGCGCACCGACUCUCUGCGGAAACAGCACCACUUAGAUCCCAGCUCUGCCGUCAGGAAAACGAAACGGGAAAAAAUGGAAACCAUGUUAAGGAAUGAUUCUCUGAGUUCAGACCAGUCGGAGUCAGUGAGGCCCCCGCCACCAAAGCCUCAUAAAUCCAAGAAAGGAGGUAAAAUGCGCCAGGUUUCGCUGAGCAGCUCCGAGGAGGAACUGGCGUCCACACCAGAGUACACGAGUUGCGACGAUGUUGAGAUCGAGAGCGAGAGCGUGAGUGAGAAAGGGGACAGUCAAAAGGGAAAAAGAAAAACUAGCGAGCAGGGAGUUUUGUCGGAUUCUAACACCAGGUCUGAGAGACAAAAGAAAAUCAUGUACUGUGGUGGCCACUCUUUGGAAGAGGAUUUGGAAUGGUCCGAGCCCCAGAUUAAGGACUCUGGGGUAGAUACCUGUAGUAGCACCACUCUUAACGAGGACCAUAGCCAUAGUGAGAAGCACCCUGUGACCUGGCAGCCAUCCAAAGAUGGAGAUCGCUUAAUUGGUCGUAUUUUAUUAAAUAAGCGUUUGAAAGAUGGGAGUGUACCUCGAGAUUCAGGAGCAAUGCUGGGCUUAAAGGUCGUGGGAGGAAAGAUGACUGAGUCAGGGCGGCUUUGUGCGUUUAUUACCAAAGUGAAAAGAGGAAGCUUAGCUGAUACUGUCGGACACCUUAGACCAGGUGAUGAAGUGUUAGAAUGGAAUGGGAGGCUAUUGCAAGGAGCCACGUUUGAGGACGUUUACAACAUCAUCCUAGAGUCCAAACCUGAACCCCAAGUGGAGCUUGUUGUUUCAAGGCCGAUCGGAGAUAUACCAAGAAUCCCUGAUAGCACACAUGCACAGCUGGAGUCCAGUUCUAGCUCAUUUGAAUCUCAAAAAAUGGAUCGUCCUUCCAUAUCCGUUACCUCGCCCAUGAGUCCUGGCAUGUUACGGGAUGUCCCGCAGUUCUUGUCUGGACAGCUUUCAAGCCAAAGCCUUAGUAGAAGAACAUCGCCUUUUGUUCCUAGGGUUCAGAUAAAACUAUGGUUUGACAAGGUUGGUCACCAGUUGAUAGUCACAAUUCUGGGGGCAAAGGACCUCCCUCCCAGGGAAGAUGGGAGGCCACGGAAUCCUUACGUUAAAAUUUACUUUCUUCCAGACAGAAGUGAUAAAAACAAGAGAAGAACAAAGACAGUGAAGAAAACACUGGAACCAAAAUGGAACCAGACCUUCAUUUACUCUCCUGUCCACCGAAGAGAGUUCCGGGAGCGGAUGCUGGAGAUCACCCUUUGGGACCAAGCUAGGGUUCGGGAAGAAGAGAGUGAAUUCUUAGGAGAGAUUCUGAUAGAACUGGAAACCGCGCUGCUGGAUGACGAACCUCACUGGUACAAACUCCAGACCCACGACGUCUCUUCGUUGCCGCUCCCUCACCCUUCUCCAUAUUUGCCACGGAGACAGCUCCAUGGGGGGAGCCCGACACGCAGGCUGCAGAGGUCGAAGAGAGUGAGUGACAGUGAGGUGUCUGACUAUGACUGUGACGACGGCGUCGGGGUCGUGUCCGAUUAUCGUCACGAUACUCGAGACCUUCAAAGCUCCACGUUAUCAGUGCCAGAACAAGUGAUGUCAUCAAACCAUUGCUCUCCAUCAGGGUCUCCUCAUCGAGUAGAUGCUAUAGGAAGGACUAGGUCAUGGUCACCGAGUGUCCCUCCUCCACAAAGUAGGAACGUGGAACAGGGGCUGCGAGGGACACGGGCUCCUGGUCAUUACAAUACGAUUAGCCGGAUGGACAGGCACCGGGUCGUGGAUGACCAUUAUUCUCCAGACAGAGACAGUCAUUUUCUUACUCUACCUCGCUCCAGAUACAGUCGGAGCUCUGAGCAUCACCACAGGGACGGAAGGGAUUGUGAAGCAGCAGAUAGACAGCCAUAUCACAGAUCCAGAUCAACAGAACAGCGGCCUCUGCUAGAGCGGACCACCACCCGCUCCAGAUCCUCUGAACGUCCUGAUACAAACCUCAUGAGGUCGAUGCCUUCAUUAAUGACUGGAAGAUCUGCCCCUCCUUCACCUGCCUUAUCGAGGUCUCACCCUCGGACCGGCUCUGUCCAGACAAGCCCAUCCAGCACUCCCGGAACAGGACGGAGGGGCCGGCAGCUGCCACAGCUCCCACCCAAGGGAACGCUGGAGAGAAAAGCAGGGGGUAAAAAGCUCCGGAGCACUGUCCAGAGAAGCACGGAAACCGGCCUGGCGGUGGAGAUGAGGAACUGGAUGACCCGGCAGGCCAGCCGGGAGUCCACGGAUGGCAGCAUGAACAGCUACAGCUCUGAAGGAAACCUGAUUUUCCCUGGCGUCCGCCUGGCCUCUGACAGCCAGUUCAGCGAUUUCCUCGAUGGCCUGGGCCCUGCUCAGCUAGUGGGACGCCAGACCCUGGCUACCCCUGCGAUGGGUGACAUUCAGGUGGGAAUGAUGGACAAAAAGGGACAAUUGGAGGUGGAAAUCAUUCGGGCUCGCGGCCUUGUUGUAAAACCAGGUUCCAAGACACUGCCAGCACCGUAUGUCAAGGUGUAUCUAUUAGACAAUGGAGUCUGCAUAGCCAAAAAGAAGACAAAGGUGGCGAGGAAGACGCUGGAGCCCCUGUAUCAGCAGCUCUUGUCCUUCGAGGAGAGCCCCCAGGGGAAGGUGUUACAGAUCAUUGUCUGGGGAGAUUACGGCCGCAUGGAUCACAAAUCCUUCAUGGGAGUGGCCCAGAUACUUUUAGACGAACUGGAACUGUCCAAUAUGGUCAUUGGGUGGUUCAAACUCUUCCCUCCCUCCUCCCUGGUGGACCCCACUUUGGCACCUCUGACAAGAAGGGCUUCCCAGUCAUCUCUGGAAAGUUCCACUGGACCUUCUUACUCUCGCUCAUAGCAACCGUAAAACUGUUGUCACCACUACCAGCGACACACACACACAGAAGAAAACGCACAGGUCGAAAGCCCUGGCAACACUGCAUGCUUAAUGUUGUGUCCUCGGAGCCCACGUCUAGGGCUAUAAAGCGACCCUGUGUCCUCAGAGGGAGUCGUCCGCACUGUGCCCUAGCGAAGGCCCUCAGGUGAAGGAGCAGAGCUGUGAAGAACUGUCGGGUUUGGAGUUCAGUGACACUCGAGAUCCAGUCCAAUCUGAAGCCAUGGAUUAAUCUCAAAGAAUCAGUCAGCCCUUUUCAAUGGCACCUUUAUAUUUUUAUUGUUUUUCUUCGUUUCUCUGACCCCAAAGCCUGUUAUGCCACAGAAAUGGAGCUCUACAGCCAUUAAGCCACACUGCAGGCCAAGGAGCAAAGUCUAGGAAGCGUCAGGUGGAAAGCAAGAGACCAAAGAAGCGGCCGGGAGCAGAGUCGGCUCCGGCAGGGAGACUGGGAGACUCUGGGGAGCUCCGGGAGCAUGGCGUUCGCAGCUGCGGCCAUGGUUGGACUCUGGAAAUCCCAAGUCUGUGACUGAACUGCACUGGAUGAAAUCAAAGAGACUUUUCUGCAUGGACACAGAUAGCUGAAUAUUUAAAUUAUUUUCUCGGGGCUGCAACUUGCAAAAAAAAAUAAUAAAAUAAAAUAAAAAAUCAGCCAUUUUCAACAAUUUAUAUUAUUUUUAAAAAUAAAUUUCACUAGUGCAUGGUUUUAAAAUGGGAGCGAAUGCUGCAGGGUGAUACCAAGACACACCAUGUUUAUUCUCUACUCUCAGUCUGUGUUUUGGCAGACAUUACCAAUGGAAAUACUUUCUAGCAGAUACUGGAAAUCCUCUUUAUGUGACAAUAGUAUAACAUACUCCAUUUAUUUCCAUGUUAAAUAUACAGACCUUACGAAGUUCAACAUGUGCAGAUUUUCACAUCUUUCUCCUCUUCUCUGUCUCACUUUUCUUCUCACUUUUGACCUCUUCUUUCCUUUCUCUCCUCCAGAGUGACCCUUACACUAAAACCCUGCAAGUCUUUGACCUGACCCCAUAUUUGGUUCAGAGUCCCAGAUGCAUCUGAAUUGAUGGAUUUCUCACGUCUGUUCGGGAGCUCUCUUUAUUUCAGGCAUGUUGGAAGGAUCCCGUAACACGACUGGGAUACAGAGCACGUCAGCGUGUGUUUGACAGAGAGGAUGUUUGAACAUUCCAAGUUUUUUCGACACUGCAUGGGAAUUCUCCUUUCACCUCCAAACCUCAGUUUCCAGGACCCCUACAGUCAUGUGGCGCCGUCACGUCUCUCGGAUUUGUUUUCAGCACCAGCACCAGCAUUAUUCACACGGGGGUUAAGCAUUAUUUGUAGGCCUCGGGUUUUGUUUGUUUUCUAAUUCGUUGGAACAGUUUCUUUAGCUGAGUUCCAUUUACUAUGUGAAUAGAAACACGGCCGACUAUGUGGAGCCCUGAAACACAGGGCUGUUUAUUAAUUCAUUUUUCUGUAGGAAAAUUCAAUUUUUCACAAAUUAUAUUUCUAAAGAAAUAUAGUAAACAUAAAUUUGCAAGAAUUUUAAAGCUCCAAUAUUUGGGUGACUCCAAGUCAAUAUGAUGCCUCUUACUAGUUAUCCGAUGCCAUCACCGAGCAUCUAUACACAAACCCUCAAGGCAAACCGCGCCUUUGGCCUAUGGGCAGUUUCUACCAUUGAGUGGAGCCACAAGGUCCACCAAGAGAGGAAAUGUCACUGGUCAUCAUAAGCCACCCAUCCUUCCCGUUCCUUACGCAGGCUUUGGUUCCAUGCCCUUAGAGAUUGGUGUUAACUCCUUGCAAUGAUUUUCUGAACUCCAUCUCCAUCCCAUUGGUUUAAAUGGAGGCCAUGCACACAGAAAUAUUUUCUUUGUUUCUGUUUUCACAACCAACGCUGACCAUUGCAAACUGUCGUGCUUGACAUGGUGCAGAAGUUGAAACGAGCUCUUACUCACAAUGCCUUCUCUUUAUGUGGUGCAACAUGAGCUAGCUACGCCCAGCCCGUGUCUUGAUUGCCUGAGACCUAGGACAGAGCCAGGUGAAGUGAGGUAAGGAGCACAGUGUGAUGAGACAAUUUAGACACCUGUGUUCCAGCAGCGACGCGGGUGGAUAGACCUGUAGCGUCUUCAUUCUCCCUUACCGUGUUCCUGACACCAAGAUGCAGUCACGUGAUCUUUUCUGCAGAUUCCUAUACAAAUUAUUUCUAAUUUUAAUAAGAAGGACAUGACUGUGGAAUAUUUGUACAUACUUGUCAUUAUGCAGUAUUUAUUUUGAAGUUGGUGUAGUUUUUUUUUUAAUUUUCACAUGUCUGCACCUCUAUGACUCCAUCGUGUAAAUAGCACUAUGCCAGUGACCGUGGCUGCCCUAUACAUAGGAUGUUUUCGAGUAAAGAGAAUCCCAGUUGUGGGAGAACGGUGUGGGGAGGGCAGAUUAGGCCUGUAACAAAUACCGACUGAUGUAAAUCCAAUUCAUUCUGGUGAUGGUAUUUAACUCUUUAAAUAAAACAUUUUCUUUA